CUGAGGGAUGGAAGAAGAUAUGGGAACUUAAUGUUCCAAAUCCGGUCAAAAUUUUCCCCUGGAGAGAGCAGCAAGUGAUACUCUUCCAACAAAAAGCAAUCUGUUUAAGAUGAAGAUUACAGACAAUCCUUCGUGUCCUAUUUGUGAUCAGAAGAAGGAGAAGAGUGGUCAUAUGUUAUGGAGCUGUGUGGCAACUUCAGAUGUAUGGGCAGAUUCUCUAAGCUUUGUUCAGAAAUGGGUACUCAAGGAAGAUGAUUUCCACAAUAUAAGGGUGGAGCUGGGUCAAAGGCUACAGAAAAAGGAACUGGAAGAAAUGGCUUGUGGUUUCAGGAAGCUGUGGCACAGAAGAAACAGAUUGGUGUUUGAAAAUAACUUCGAGAGUCCCAAGGCAAUUUUAACUGCUGCAAGACUAGAUUGGAAUAGUUUAUGCAAGCUAAUGAAACAACUAGUGAUUCUGUUGCAGGUGAAGGUGCUGUCAAUAGAGCUAUAAGAUGGCAAAAACCAGUUAUCAAAGAUGUGCAAAAGCAUGAAGAGAAUUGGGCAUGGUACGGCCAGAUGAUUGAAGACAUAAAGCAUGUACUAAGUGGAAGACCAAGCUGGAGAAUUCAGUACGUCCCCAGAGAAAGAAACUUGGCAGCACACAGAUUAGCUAGAUAUGCUCUUGCUUGUGAGGAGAUUGUGUCGUUAGAAGAUGGUCCAGAUUGGAUUAAAAACUGUAAUAAUCUAGAAAGACAAUGUAUUGGUUGAUUAUUUUUUAUGAAUGAAGUGAAGUUGAUUUCAAAAAAAAAAA